CCUCACAAUCGGGCCUCAUUGUAGCGGUGUAGACAUGACACAAAUGGCAACGGAUCUUGAAAUCGCGAACCUAAAUGGCACAUCGUGCACGCCGGACACCCUGCAUAUGGGUUCGCCUAUCACGCGGCGCCAUUCCCAUGCAUGCUGCAGAGACUAUCGCGCCACGGAGAUUGCCGGCUCCGAUAGGGUCCAAGUAGAAGCAACAUGAAGCCUGGACCGAAACUUCGAGGCAGAUUUCAGUAUUUCCAGAAGACUCAUGGUAGUUGAUCGGAGGAGUAUUAUCGGGAGCCCGAAAGCGUCCACUUCCACCGGUAACAAGCCAAGCAGAGCCCUAAUCCGGGUGGAUAACAACGCGUAUUCGACGUGGAGCCAGGCGGAAAUGCAACCAUGGAAGCCGGAAUUGAGAGCAUCGCAUCCGCCUCCGUUUUCAUCAUUCAGGAGCGCCUUCAACAGCACUAGCUCCUUCCAGUUCCGCCUGAUCGACUGGGGCGAAAUCAAUAGUCAGAAGUGUGAGAGGUGCCAGGGGAGGCACGUGAAGUCAUUGAUCAUCCAUUUGCCCGCCUCGGUUCCGAGUCACGGCUCCGCAUAUUCACUUGUUGGAUGCAAAAUGCGACUAGUUAGUUCCCUCCAUACCCCUGAAGGUCAUUUGCACAUCUCAUUUCCACACCCCCUCCUCUUCUCCCUUUUUCCCCAUCUUUUUUGGCCACUGCUAAAACUACUAAAGAAACUCUAUUCCCGCGCUCCCGGCCCAAUGGACUGUCACUUCCCCCGCAUCUUGCAGAGUGCUAAUGCCAUUCCUUCUCUCCUGCUGCUGCUGUUGCUGCUGCUGCCAACAAUAACAUCUCUCUAUCUAUCUACAACUUAGCCAUUGAUCGAAUCAAUGCCUGACAACAAGUCGACCUCCUCUUGGCCAGUAAAAGGCCGCCACCCCUUCUCAUCCUUCCGGUUCCUUUUCACCUCUGCCGGUAAAAUGGAUAAGCCUUGUACUACUCCGACUAGUCUCUCGGAGCCUCUACUACCCAACACCAACAAUACUACUACUAUUACUACCCACCAACCAUACUACUCACCAUCACAACCACAACAACAACAACAACCAGACCUAUUCGCAUCCG